UGUUUCUAAACUUCAUUUGAAUCAAACCUCAUUGUUCUUCACUCUCUCUCUUUCUCUCUUCACCUUCAAAAACUCUUUCAAAAUUAUAUCCAAACAAGAAAAAGAGUACACAACACACAACACCCUAUUGAUCAUCAGCCAUGGAUGCCCACAAUGAAAAUAUGGAAGAAAAGUGUGAUGUGUGUGGUGAUAUUGGGUAUAAUGAAGUAAUUUUCACUUGCUCUAACUGCAAAAUAGCUCGUGAGCACAUCAGUUAUUGUAUGAGUGUUCAUAACUUCGAGAAACUCCCAGAAAGUUGGGUUUGUGAUUCAUGUAAGGCCAAGUACAUCAGAAACCUUGUUCAUGAAUCUUCAACAAAUGUUGUUGCUUCCAUUGUUGGACAACUUCAGCUUCAACAACCAUCCACUAAAUCUCAAGCUUUUUUGGCAAUUAACAACACAGUUAGCAAAUGCAAUGCAGCUAAGAAGGUUCAACUUGGUUCAACCCUAAUACAACAACAAAAUUUGGUUGCCCAAGAACUUGCUCCAUUACUCCAUAAACAAGACGAUCUUGACAUAGCUACUCGUCGUACCUCUUUAUUCGAGCGUGAGCAGAGGCGGGUUGCUAGAGCUGCUCGUCGAACUUCCUCUUCAUCGAACCAACUUCCCAACAUCAACCCAUUUGUGUAUCAAGGGUCUUAUUCCUCCGAGGUUGAUGAGGUUGAGUAUUUAAAAAGGACAUUUGACAUUUGGCGCGGGUUAGUAGAAUUCCCCACGGAAGGGGAGUCAGGUUUUCAAGACCCAAGCCAAGGUUUUAUCUUGGGGUUGCAUGACUUUCGACGAGCUUUCACACGUUUCUCCAUCUCUUUUGGGAGAAUGGGAGAUGAGCUUAAUCACCUUUACCUCAAUUACGUUCCUCGAGAAGAGCUAAUGCGUGCCAACCGACGAUUAGAAGAGGCUAAAGUCGAACUCGGAUUAUGUCAAGCUAGCUCUCAAGUCAAGAUUGACAAACUCAAGGCUCAACUAACUGAAGCAAAAUCUGAGUUGUCUGAUGCUAAGUGCUUGGCUGAGAAGUUUAGCAAGACAGAAGAGUUUGUGGUUAUGCAGAACAAAAUAAUGGAGUGUGGCGUAAAUUGGUCGGUUCGACAAGCUUCGAUAGAGCAUCCAGGAAUCGACUUCAGUUUCCUCCCAAUUCGUUUUAAGGCUGCGUGCGAUAAUAACUUUGAUGACACAAGAUUAGAGCCUUGUUCACCAGCCAAAGAAGGAGAUCAAGAACAGUUUCAUGAUUCUUUGGAAAUGAAUCGAGUUGAUUCUGACAUGAGCAGUUGAACUCUCACUCUGGAUAUACGUUUUUUUGCAUUUUGACUUCAGCUUGUUAUGGACACAUCAAAAAGUUUGAGGAAUCGAGUCAUAAUAGUUGGUGUCUUUCCGGUUCUUAUAUCUUACAAUUAACUAUACCCUUACUAUUUCAAAUCCCUCAUUUGUUAUAGAUUUUGCUAUCUUCUUAUACCA